CUUCAAGCACCAGGCCCGCCUCGUUGUUCAACUUCACGACUUUUCUUACGACUAUUUUUGCGGACCCGGAGACCGAUGGGAGAAACUUGUCAUGCGGAAACCUCUCCUAGCUCUCCGCCGUUACUCAAGGACGGCAAUCUCGUUUUCCAGGCCCAUCAUGUCGGGUGGAUUAUCGCCAGUUUCUUCACCAUCGUCGCCAUUAUAACGUCCUUCUGGCUCGUCAACAAGCAUCUGCAAUGGUAUACGAAUAAACGCGAACAACGAUAUAUAAUCCGGCUCCUGUUCAUGGUUCCAAUCUACGCGGUCAUUAGUCUUGCGUCUUAUUUCUUCUGGAAUCACGCCACCCCAUUACUUCUCGUCCGGGAUGCCUACGAGUCCACUGUUCUGACAGCCUUUUUCUACCUGCUUCUAACCUAUCUUUCGCCAAAUCCCGACGAGCAACGAGAAAUCUUCCGCAAAGUUGGUUUAUCCCGUGAAGUUGAUGCAGAGCGUGUCGCUCGAGGUGAAGAGCCCACCAAGUGGAUGUUUCCUUUUGGCUUUGUCAAGUAUAAGCCCGCGGAUGGUCUGUACUUCCUUCAGCUGAUGAAGUGGGGUGUGCUUCAAUAUUGUGUGAUCCGGCCUCUAACUACGUUGGCCGCCGUCAUUCUGAACUAUCUCGGAUGGUACUGCGAGGGCUCGUUUAAUCCAAAAUGGGGCUAUGUUUAUAUCAUUGCUCUCGUGUCCCUGUCGGUUUCCAUCGCCAUGUACUGUCUGCUCCAGCUGUACUUUCCCGUUUCCCAGUUUCUAGCACCCCAGAAGCCCAUCCUCAAGCUGUUCGCCAUCAAAGCCGUCGUGUUCCUUACUUUCUGGCAGAGCACCUUCUUGUCCGUACUGGCCAUGCUAGGGGUCAUCAAAGAUACCACCUAUAUGACAAGUGAGGACAUCAACAUCGGUAUUGGUGCUCUUUUGGAAACAUUUGAGAUGAUGCUGUUUGCUUUCCUGCAUAUCAAGGCAUUCUCGUAUAAGCCAUAUAGGCCGUUCCACGACCCGAAGUCCAAAUUACCACCUCCCACACCAACACCACGACUCCGUUCUCUUGGCCAUGCUUUAGAUUUCCGCGAGACAUUUAGGGAAAUACGCAUAGGAUGGGUGUAUAUCAUCGACAAAAUAAGGGGCCGUGAGCCGACUCCGGACAGAGGGGCACGUCGAUUUGGUCACUACGAGAGCGCUUUUGGCCGGCCUCGUCCAUCAAACUUGCCCACAAGCAAAGCUAUGGACGACAAAGCUGAGCAGCGUGAUUUGGAGAAAGGCCUUCUCUCACCACGCGCUCUGGCUGCCAACGACAUCCCAUGGCUUAAGCUUCCCGGUGAUGAGCGGCGGGAGAAGAGUGAAGACUUGGAAAUCCAAAUCGAGCGAGAACUUGAACGUCGUGGUUACGGAUCACAUAUUCCUGGUCGCGGACACAUUGGGCAGGUUCCUGAGACCCGCCGAACUCCGAGCCACAAACCGCAGCGCUCGUGGUGGCGCAGCGUGUAUAGCCGUGUGUCUCAGUCUGCUGCUGAAGCCGAAGACGAGGAGCGCCUCACUUCUAAGCCUCCCAAGAGGAAAAAGACGCAAUCUCGGCAUCGGUCUCGUGACAUGGAUGCAGAUUAUGGAUUUUUGACUCAACACGACAUGACCUUCGAUGACCCUCCUCCACCCUCGAUAUUUGCUGCCCGAAAUCAUUGCCGUAUCCCAGGAGAGGAUCAACUCGACAUUGUUGCUCCGCUUUCGGUCUUCGAUGAACAUCGCAGCUCGCGGCAAAACCGACCAUCUCACAAGAUGCGACAUUCAACCCGUCUAACUUCGCCGCCCGUCGCGCCGCAAUCUUCCUACUAUACCACCCCAGCUCCACCGAUGCCGCAAUCUCCCAUUGACGGAGAAAGUCUUUUCGGCCGCAUAUUCCCGCCCAGUACAAACCCUCCAUCGUCCGCUGGCCAUGGUCCUCUUAGCGACACCGAGUUGCCUUCAGUUUCUACUCAUGGCGUUGCACCGUCAAGAGCAACACCCCCUGGUCGUCUGAUUCCCGCUACUCCCCAGAUCGUCGGUCAAUCUGCUUCCGGACCUAGCCGCUCCAGAGCAUUCGUCACGCCACAACCGCAGAGGGCUGUUACUGCACGAUCUGUUGAAGCUUUUCCUUCGAGCGGAGAACAUUGGACUUCUAUGCAAUCCAUCGACAAGGCCCCAGCUUUGACGCUCAACACCCAGCCUGAUGGCCUGCUUUUCUCGCCACUUUCUGCUGACAUAGGGGCUCACGAGUUCGGCGAAAAGAUGAAUCGUCGUUCUGGAAACUUAGGGCGCCAGUCUGCUCAAAUCUACUCCCCCGAGUCGCCAUCUCGUGCCAAGCGACGUCAAUCAGUCGACAUCAGCGGUGUUCCGCAACUCCCUCAGAGUAGUUAUAGUCCACCACACACGGAUCGCGGCCGAACGAGCUACCGGAAACCACAACACAGUCAUAACAAUUAUGAGGAAGAGCUACGCCAUUCCGGAUAUAAUGACAACAACAUGCGGAGCGAUAUGACCCAACCCUCGCAUUCUGGGACCCGCCAUACUCAGAAAUACCCCACUGUGAUGCCCUCGAAACUCGUUAUGCCGCCCAGCCUUGCAGCGCCUGGCCUCCCCAUGCGGCAGAUCUCGAAUCCCCAAUCAUAUCCUCGCUAUGGCUCGCCUGGCGCAGGCUCUUCAACGCCCUCGGUCAAUAGGACCCCCCCGAAUUACCACCCUUACGACAAACGCACGACACGACCAUGA